AUGCUGAUACAGGAGUCAUUAGAUCAUUACCAUAUUCCCGACCACUUUAAGAAAGUGAUAAGAAGUUAUCUCAGUGGGAUUCAGCUGCGAUUUACAACAAGCACAUUUACAACAACAUGGCAGAAACUACAAAAAGGAAUAGUUACAGGAUGUACCAUCUCAGUUAUCUUGUUUGUCAUGGGAAUGAAUAUGAUUAUUAAAUCUGGAGAGAGAGAAACUAGAGGCCCAAAAACAUCAACUGACAUCAGGCAACCACCAAAUAGAGGGUUCAUGGACGAUUUAACCAUCACUACAGAAACCCAUGUCCAAGCUAGAUGGGUAUUAAAGGCCUUGGAAGAGACAGUAACAUGGGCAAGGAUGUCUUUCAAGCCAAAGAAGUCUAGAGCUCUAAUAAUAAGGAAAGGGAAGAGAGCACACCAAGUCGAACUGAAGGUGCAAGGAGAAGUCAUUCCAUCAAUAAUUGACAAUCCCAUCAAGUGCUUAGGAAAAUGGUAUGAUGACUCUUUAAGUGACAAAAACAAUAUCAAGAGAAUUGAACAACAGGUUUCAGAGGGAAUGAGGAACAUCGACAAGACAGGUUUACCAGGGAAAUUAAAGGCAUGGAUAUACCAACAUGGACUCCUUCCAAGGAUAUCAUGGCCACUUAUGCUGUACGAAAUUUCAUUGACAACAGUUGCGAAGCUUGAAAGAACCAUCAACAGACAUCUUAGGAAAUGGUUAGGUGUCCCUCCAAAUUUUACAAAUGUAGGACUGUACAGCAGAACCGCAAAGUUGCAGCUACCAUUUACAUCUCUAGUGGAAGAAUUCAAAGUUAGUAAAAGCCGCCUUGUGAUGACACUCAAAGAAUCUAGAGAUGAUAAAGUAAGAACAGCAGGUGUCCAAGUAAGAAUAGGACGAAAAUGGUCAGCAUCAAAAGCAGUUUCAGAGGCAGAGAGUAGAUUGAGGCGUAAAGAUAUCGUAGGAACAGUGGCAGUAGGACGACAGGGCCUUGGUACAUCAAAAAGUUGCUACUGGAAGAACGCUAACACCCAAGAAAGACGAAGUCUUGUCCAAAGAGAGAUAAAAUCUAGAGAAGAAGAAAACAGACAAGCAAAGACAGUAGAAUGA